AUGAAGUUUCUUGUUUUGCUAUUUAACAUUUUAUGUUUGUUCCCAAUUUUGGGAGCAGACGAGCUGGUUAUGAGUCCCAUACCUACAACCGAUGUACAGCCGAAGGUUACUUUUGACAUUAAUUCAGAAGUUUCAUCAGGUCCUUUAUAUUUAAACCCUGUAGAAAUGGCAGGAGUGAAAUAUCUUCAAUUACAACGCCAACCCGGAGUACAAGUUCACAAGGUUGUAGAAGGCGACAUUGUAAUAUGGGAAAAUGAGGAAAUGCCUUUAUAUACAUGCGCAAUUGUUACUCAAAACGAAGUUCCAUACAUGGCAUAUGUUGAGUUAUUGGAGGACCCAGAUCUGAUAUUUUUUCUCAAAGAAGGUGAUCAAUGGGCACCGAUACCAGAAGAUCAGUAUUUGGCAAGAUUACAACAACUCAGACAACAAAUUCAUACCGAAUCGUUCUUUUCUCUGAACCUAAGCUUCCAACAUGAAAAUUACAAAUAUGAGAUGGUUUCAUCAUUUCAGCAUUCCAUCAAAAUGGUGGUAUUUACGCCAAAGAACGGCCACAUCUGUAAAAUGGUAUAUGAUAAAAACAUUAGAAUAUUUAAAGCACUGUACAAUGAAUAUGUCACUUCAGUAAUAGGCUUCUUUAGAGGAUUGAAAUUGUUACUUUUGAACAUUUUUGUCAUUGACGAUCGUGGAAUGAUAGGUAACAAAUACUUUCAAUUACUUGAUGAUAAAUACGCCCCGAUCAGUGUCCAAGGAUAUGUGGCCACUAUACCUAAAUUGAAAGAUUUUGCGGAACCCUAUCAUCCCAUAAUAUUGGAUAUUUCUGAUAUUGAUUACGUUAAUUUCUAUUUGGGAGAUGCAACUUAUCAUGACCCUGGCUUCAAAAUCGUUCCAAAAACACCACAAUGUAUAACUAAGGUUGUUGACGGCAAUGAAGUGAUCUAUGAAAGCUCGAAUCCCUCGGUCGAAUGUGUUUACAAAGUGACUUACUAUGAUAAAAAAAACGAGUCAAUGCUUCGCCUAGAUCUGAACCACUCUCCUCCAUCCUAUACAUCAUAUUAUGCCAAAAGGGAAGGAGUCUGGGUUACUUCAACUUACAUAGAUCUCGAAGAAAAGAUUGAAGAAUUACAGGAUCAUAGGUCUACAGAACUGGAUGUAAUGUUUAUGAGUGACAAAGACCUUAACGUGGUUCCAUUGACGAAUGGUAAUCUUGAGUACUUCAUGGUAACACCCAAACCACAUCGCGAUAUUAUUAUUGUAUUCGAUGGUUCGGAAGUAUUAUGGUAUUAUGAAGGACUUGAAAACCACCUCGUUUGUACAUGGAUUUAUGUUACUGAGGGCGCUCCAAGACUUGUUCACUUAAGGGUCAAGGACCGUAUUCCACAAAAUACAGAUAUAUACAUGGUCAAGUUUGGUGAGUAUUGGGUUAGGAUUUCCAAGACUCAAUACACUCAAGAGAUAAAGAAGUUGAUCAAAAAGUCAAAGAAGAAACUCCCUUCAAUUGAAGAAGAAGACUCAGAUAAACAUGGUGGUCCUCCAAAGGGUCCAGAACCACCUACAGGACCAGGGCAUUCUUCUUCAGAAUCUAAAGAACAUGAAGAUUCAAAGGAAUCGAAAGAACCUAAAGAACAUGGAUCACCCAAGGAAACUAAAGAAGGUGAAGUUACUAAAAAACCUGGGCCUGCAAAGGAACACAAGCCAAGCAAGAUACCAGUAUACACCAAGAGACCAGAGUUUCCUAAGAAAUCAAAGUCCCCUAAAAGGCCUGAGUCUCCAAAGUCACCAAAGAGGCCUGUGUCACCCCAAAGACCGGUGUCACCUAAGUCUCCUAAAAGACCUGAAUCACUCGACAUACCAAAAUCACCUAAGAGACCAGAAUCUCCAAAGUCACCAAAGAGGCCUGUGUCACCCCAAAGACCGGUGUCUCCAAGGAGACCAGAAUCUCCUAAGUCACCAAAAUCACCUAAAUCUCCAAAAUCUCCUAAAGUCCCCUUUGAUCCCAAAUUCAAAGAGAAAUUAUAUGACUCAUACCUCGAUAAGGCAGCUAAAACUAAGGAAACUGUUACACUACCACCCGUACUACCAACCGACGAAUCAUUUACUCAUACACCAAUUGGUGAACCUACCGCUGAGCAGCCCGAUGAUAUAGAACCUAUUGAAGAAUCUGUAUUUAUUAAAGAAACCGGAAUUCUGACUGAAGAAGUCAAGACAGAAGAUAUUCAUUCAGAAACUGGAGAACCAGAGGAACCAAAGAGACCAGAUUCUCCAACUAAACAUUCACCAAAACCAACAGGAACGCACCCAUCAAUGCCAAAGAAACGUCGUCGCUCUGACGGACUUGCAUUAUCUACCACAGACUUAGAAAGUGAAGCAGGUAGAAUACUUAGGGAUCCCACUGGAAAGAUUGUUACAAUGAAAAGAUCGAAGAGUUUUGACGAUCUUACAACUGUUCGAGAAAAGGAACAUAUGGGAGCAGAAAUUAGGAAAAUUGUUGUAGACGAUGAUGGCACUGAAGCAGAUGACGAAGAUACACACCCAUCAAAGGAAAAACAUCUAUCGACAGUAAGACGCAGACGCCCAAGACCAAAGAAGUCAUCAAAGUCAUCAAAACCAAGGAAACCAGAUUCAGCCUUUGUCCCGUCAAUUAUCUUUAUUUUCCUCGUGUCACUAAUAGUUGGCAUCUUAUAA